AUUGUGCAUCAUUUCAAGAUGUUAUGAUCCAGAAAGUCUGAUAUCGGUCAACGAUGACUUCGUUGCUACUUGCCACGCGAAAGUGUGUCACCCUUCGGCCACUGAUUUUAAAAGGAUGGAUCGUAUCCUGGCUGGUUAGCUAUCAGAGGAAAAGCACAAACAUCAGCGCGGUCGAUUCCUUUAUCAACGAGCUAGUGGACAACAAAAAGCUAAAAUGGAAAGUAUUGAACAGUCGUCACCGAAAUGGCGUUUUAAAAGCUGCCCCGCUCGAGUCGCCAGCCAACAACCAAACAACAGAAACGUUUUCGCGGUCCUCUUUUCGCCUAAGUGACUUGUACAAUGAGCUUACCAAUAAUCCGUUGGUCGUUAACAUUAGCCAGAUGGAAGUUGCUCAGGUGGAUCAUCUGGUAGAGACUGCGCUGAAUGAACGCAACACUGCAGACAUACAGCUGCUGCUGGCACAAAUUCUCGAGUAUAGAAAACUGCCCUCCCUGCCCACGUUGAAUUCCAUUCUAACUCAUCUAUCGCAGCAAGGAGACACAGACCGGCUGGACCAAUUAAUUGAACUGUGUUGCUCCUUGCUUCCGGAGCCAACCGGGCAACCCAUCGGCAGGUUUGAGCACUAUAGGGCUCUAUGCCAGUGGAAACUGGGCAAUACUUCUAAGUCACUAGAAACCUUCCGUAGCAUUAUGGUCAGUGGUAGCGCUGAUCAACUGAUGCCGGUGAAUCAGAUGCUAAAAGAGAUAAUCGACGAAACGAUAGGCAAAAAAAGUGAAGCCGUCCUGCUGGCCGUGAUGAAGUUGGGUGAGUUUUGUUUGAAUAAUCUUAACCAGGAGUUUCCAAUCUGCUACGUAUGGGAGAAAAGUUUUCUCAGUCCGUGGCACAGCGAUCAGGAGGCAGCCAAAAUGUUAUUCGACAGCCACGAGAUGCUGCGGGAAGCAGUCAGUAAGAGGAUACCAAAGCUGUGUUAUAAAUCGCUAUACGAUAACAACGUCGAAAAGGUUUACCAAUUGAUCGAGCUGUUCUUGAAACACAACAUGAAACCGGAAUGUAAAUCCAUUAUGAUCAGACUAUUUGAGUAUCAAUAUUGGCGAAAAAACCUGAGAGGCUGUUCGGAAAUUAUGCAAAAUGCUAUCGAUCUCAACAUUAGCCUUCCGGAUAUGUGCAAUCGACAGUUAUUGGAGCUGCUAUUAGGACGAACGAUGGGUGCAUCGGACGUGGUUCCGUUGGAUUCAAAGAAGGAAAAGGAGUUGAAACCUACCAAAUAUGUACUGAAGUUUUAGUGGAAAGUUAAACGAUUUGUAGUACGUUAUAAAAUU